AUGACUUCCAAACAAAAUACAGCUUCCGCCACGGUUAGUGGUGCUUCCGAAAUGCCAGAAGUGAACCGUGUCGGUAUUCGCGUUCCGCCGUUCUGGCCCGAGCAACCUGGCGUCUGGUUUAAUCAGCUGGAAGCGCAAUUUGUUUUAAAUAAUAUUACGGCAGUCAUGACGAAGUUUUAUUACAUCAUGGCACAGUUGGAACCGAAAUACGCAUUAGAAGUUCAGGGCAUUUUUAACAACCCACCAGAGACCGAUAAGUACGCGACGUUGAAGAGAGAGUUGAUACACCGCCUGUCUGUGUCCCAAAGCCAGCGGAUUCGACAACUAUUGGAGCAGGAGGAGAUGGGUGACAGGACGCCGUUCCAUUUCCUGCGGCAUAUGAGGAGUUUGGCACGUACCUCGGUUACGGACAAUUUUUUCCGGACUCUAUGGUCUAGUCGAUUGCCCGCCAUGAUCCGCGCUAUCGUUACCGCACAAGCGGACUUAACGUUAGAUAAACUGGCAGAAAUAGCGGAUCAGAUAUACGAAAGUACUGUAGGGCUCACAAACUGGUAA